AUGAAAAUAUUCAAAAUUGCGUUCUUAAUAAUAUUUAUAUUCAAAAUGUCCACAACUAAGAAAGAAAGCUACGAUUUUGGUACAAGAUAUACGGACCUAAGCUGUUCAGCUGAUAAUGUAACAGUUGUUCUUCGUUAUUGCUAUCUAAAGGCUUACACCAGACGUCUGGUUACCGCAAAUAUUGGAGCUAGUUUACCAUCUCCACUCACAAAACCAAUUUUCAUCCAAAUUAUUUAUUCAUACCGUUAUGGAAAUGUCUACCGAGAAGCUAUGAAGUCGCCAAAAGUUGACUGGUGUGAUUUUAUGGACGGUGCAUCUAAAAAUGUGUUUAUGACAAGCUUAUUUAAUGAACUUAAAAAUUCAGUUGGUGACUUUUUUCACAAGUGUCCAUAUUCUGGAAUUGUUGACAUCAAAAAUAUAUCAUCAGAACAUGAAAAGGCAGCUGGAAUUUUGUGGGAGGGUCAGUACAGAAUUGAAUUAAUAGUUUUUAAUAGAAAAGAUGGAGAGGCUUUUAGAAUGAAGCUUGGAUUUCAAAUUAAAUCUGACUUGAAAGGGUCUUUUGGGUAA